UGUCUGGACUCGACUACCCCUCGCUGGGAGGAGGUGCAGCCGCUCGGCGGGCAGCUCCCGGUCGCUGGGCGGCCGAGGCCGAGCCCGUCCCUCCUCUUCCUGCGGGGCUGCGGAGACGGGAAGGCGGUUGGCAAGGCCGGAGCACAGGCCAUCAAAGCCGAAUCCGAACUUGAAUUCUGCGCGGCGGAUUGCAGAGCUGUCUGGACGCUCCGAGGUCCCGGAUCGGCGACGCCCGGUGGACGGAGAUCGCCCGGAGCCCGGAGACGAGCGCUCCCACGGAGGCCACCAGUUGCAGAAGCUGGGAGUGAAAUAAAGGCGCGCGCGCCUGUUCCUGCGCUCCGCCCCUGCUGAGACAGGAGGAAGGCAGACCCCCCCCCCCACCUGCGCACCUGCAGAUCAGGCUUUUCCACAAAGCCUGAGCAUCUCGUUAUACUCGGUCCCGCGGCCCUCCCCAACAUCGUCGUCAGUCAUGGCCAGCAUCAUUGCGCGCAUGGCUAACAGCCGCCGGCAGAACGCGCCGUUGCCGCCCUGGGCCCAUUCUAUGCUGAGGUCCCUGGGGAGAAGUCUUGGUCCUUUAAUGGCCACCGUGGCCGAGAGAAACCUGAAGGUGUUCUCUGGGAGGGUAGGGCCUGGGGAGGGGGAAGAGAGCUUUGAAAACUGGCUGAUCCAAGUUAAUGGGGCCCUGCCCGAUUGGAACAUGCCUGAGGAGGAAAAGCUCCAGCGCUUGCUGAGAACCCUGCGAGGCCCCGCCCGGGAGGUUAUGCUUUUGCUCCAGGCGGCCAACCCCAAUCUAAGCGUGGCAGAUUUCUUGCGCGCGAUGAAAUUGGUGUUUGGAGAAUCUGAGAGCAGUGUGUCCGCUCACGGUAGAUUUUUUAACACCCUGCAAGCACAGGGGGAGAAAGCCUCCCUUUACGUGAUCCGUUUAGAGGUUCAGCUCCAGAAGGCUAUUCAGGCAGGGAUCAUAGCUCAGAAAGACGCCAACCAGACUCGCCUGCAGCAGCUCCUUUUAGGGGCUGAGCUGAACGGGGACCUGCGCUAUAGGCUGAAACACCUUCUUAGGGUGUAUGCAAAUGAGCAGGAGCGGCUCCCCAGUUUCCUGGAGUUAAUCAAGAUGGUCAGGGAGGAAGAGGAUUGGGAUGACACUUUCAUUAGGCAGAAACGGCCCAGAAGGUCUGAGCCCAUGGUGGAGAGGGCCACCAGCCCCAUGGCCUUUCAGGGCUCCCCUCCCAUAGUGGUGGACAGCGACGACUGUAACGUGAUAGAGAUAGAUGAUGACACCCUCGAUGACUCCGAUGAGGAUGUCAUCCUGGUAGAGUCUCAGGACCCUCUGCCGUCCUGCUCGACUUCUCCUCUCCCCAGACGCGGGGCCGGACCGCAAGAGCAAGUGCUAGUCAUUGAUUCCCCCAGCAGUUCCCAAGCUCAAUCUCCCGCCACCAGUGGGGGUUCUGGGAAUAAGAAUGGUGGUUCUGGGAAUCUGCGUCCAGCCAGGAAGCGAAAACACGCGCUGCGCUGCUCCUCUUGUGGCUUGGAGGGCCACUCCAAGGAAACCUGCGACAAUGAGGGCAGCAGGGCCCAGGUGUUUGAGAAUCUCAUCAUCACCCUGCACGAGCUGACCCAUACAGAGGAGGAGGGGCUGAGAGGGGCCCUGGCUGAGCCAGAUGACCCUUCUGAGGAGCAGUGAGGCAGUAGCCCCCAGCCUUAAGUGAACCCUAACCCAUGCACAGAGUCCAACAAUGCGAUACCGGGGAGGGGCGCUUCCAACUGCAUGAAUCCACAAAGCAGCUUUCUUGGCAGAGCGGAGCUGAGUAGGAAGGGGCUUGGAUACCAGCUCAGUGAAGGGAGCCAGCCAAACCCCUGCGCUUGCUUCCCCACUCCCCACUCUGCUGCCUAAGGGUCUGCUUCCUUUGUGUGCCCAUUUCCUUGAUGGCUUUAUUCUCUGUGAAAGUGAAAUCGUUCAUCGUGAAGUCUCCAAACAAUAAAGAAAAGUACAGAACAGUGAAGUGCCGGUGACCCCAAGCCCUCCACCCCGAUCUAACCAUUGUCAACCCUUUGGUGAAAGCCCCUCCUAGGCAUUUCCCUCCGCCUGCCUACCCAGAUAGAUCUAUGUAUAGAUAAAGUGCUCAAAUACAAGUCCUGUUCUAUAGUCUGUAUUUUUUCACCAAACAGUUUAUGUCGUGGGCUUCUUUCUAUGUCAAUAAAUAUAUAUCAGCAUCUA